AUGACCCUGUCCUCCUCCCCUUUCCCGUCCAGCAUCGCGGCGUCGUACCCGGACUAUGAGACCACCUCUAGGCUGGAUACCAUCCGGGACACGGACUACUCCUACCUCGACCGUCAGUCCCACGUCUACCUUGACUACGCAGGCGCCGGGCUCGCGGCCGCCAGCCAGGUGAGGUCCCACGCCGACCGCCUCACCAGCCUGAUAGCCGGCAACCCCCACUCGGCCAGCCCGUCGAGCGCCGUGUCCAACGACGCCAUGGCCGAGGCGAGGUCCCGCGUCCUCCGCUUCUUCAACGCCGACCCCGGAGAGUACUCGGUCAUCUUCACCGCCAACGCUACCGGCGCCGCCCGCCUCGUCGGCGAGGCCUACCCCUUCACGCGCGGCUCGCGGCUCGUCCUCACGGCCGACAACCACAACUCCAUCAACGGACUCAGGUGCUUCGCCGCAAAGGCCCGCGCCCCCACCGUCUACGUCCCAGCCGACCCGGUUGACCUGCGCACCGACACCGGUGCCGUGGCUGCCGCUCUAUCCUCUUCCUCUUCUCCUUUCAAGAAAGUCAACUUCUCAUGCUUCCCUCUCCUGAGCAGGAAGAUGAACCGGAGCGGGAGAGGGAGCAGGAGCAAGACGUCACCCGCCAGAAAGCUCUUCGCCUACCCUGCCCAGAGCAACUUCUCCGGCGUCCGCCACCCGCUCUCGUGGGUCAGGAUGGCCCAGGAUCAGGGCUACGACGUCCUCCUCGACGCGGCCGCCUACGUCACCACCGCGCGUCUGGACCUGUCCGUCGUCAAGCCGGACUACGCCACCGUGAGCUGGUACAAGCUGUUCGGCUUCCCUACCGGGGUCGGCUGCCUGAUUGCCCGCCGCGACUCGCUGGCCGGCCUGGACCGCCCCUGGUUCUCCGGCGGCACCGUGCGCGCCGCCACCGUCGGCGUCCAGUGGGUCGAGCCGGCCGCCGACGAGGCCGCCUUCGAGGACGGCACCCCCAACUUCCUGUCCCUGGCCGACGUGCACUACGGCAUCGACUGGCUCGACCGCGAGGUCGGGCUCGACGUCCUGGCCACCCGCGUCCGCUGCCUGACCGGCUGGUUCCUCGAUCGUCUCCGCGCUCUCCGACACUCGGACGGCUCGCCCAUGGCCGUCGUCUACGGCCCCGUCGACACCGUCGACCGCGGCGGCACCGUAGCUUUCAACCUCGUCGACGCCGCCGGUCGCGUCGUCGACCAGCGCAUCGUCGGCCCCGAGUCCGCCGCCGUCAACAUCUCCAUCAGGACAGGCUGCUUCUGCAACCCCGGCGCCGGAGAGACGGCCCUGGGCAUCGGACGUGACGCCAUCCUCCGCCUCUCGGAGACCAGGGGCCUCUCCUUCGACAGCAUCGUCAAGACGCUCGACCAGCCCUUCAUCGGUGCCCUGCGCGUCUCCUUUGGAGUUGCCUCCAACGCCGCUGAUGUCGACAUGUUUCUGCAGUUUGUCAAGAAGACCUAUCGUGAUCGAGAGGUGACCUGGGAGGGCUUGCCUCCUCUUGAGAGCUGUUAA